AUGGCGAAGCCAGGACCGUCGAACGCCUCCUCCUCCGCCGCCAAUCCGACCGAAUCUGCGCCUCCGAAGAAAAAGAAGCACAGGGCAGGGAAGAAGCGAAGAAAUCGUCGACAGAGCUUCAUUGCGCCUUCAGAAGCGACCGAAGAGAAUGUUCCUACCGGCGAACGGCCGAGUCUACUAGAUACCGCGGCGCGCAAUUCGGCUUCUCAUCAGGCGAGCUUCUAUCGGUUGAAUAACAGUGGCAAUCGCAGUAAUACGAGCUUGGAGAGCGAGGCGUUGCUCGAUCACAGGGAGUACCAACAGCCACGAUCGAGGAGGGACACCAUUAAAUCCGGCUUUGCGCGCGUGGCUCAGCCAUUCUCCUCUCGCCACCAGCAUCGAUCGUCGGCGGCGUCCGUGGAGAGGUCGAAUUUGAAUGCACCCAACAAAUCUCGUCUCGGCCGUAGGAGCAACACUUUCGAUGAAGAGGAAGAGGAGGAACGCGAGUCGAACGAUCGGACACCAUUGCUGUCAACGCAGAACCGCAAUGAGCGGCCUGGCACUAGUCGAGGGAAUAGCAACGCAAACUAUGGCAGCCGUGGCCACCGCCGUGCAUCCAACCAUUCCAAAGCGUCGUCCCGCCAGCGCGGAUUCGAGGUCAUCACGCAUAAUCGCCUUGGACUUAAUGAGGAGCCGCACGAUGUCAACAACCCUCCCUCUAUGCCGGGUUCUCCGGUCAUUGGUGCCGCGGACGAUGUCUUCAUGGCAGGACUUGGCUCGUCGAUGUCGGAUCGUGGACGGGAUGCUGUGAUCAACAUCGAUCCGCGGGACAAUGGGAAGCGCUGGACGAGCGAGUCGCCUGAGAGUCGGAGGAGACCUACGGUGGCGGAGCUGGCUGAACGGGAUGUCUGCUUCCCUGCUGACGACGGAGACUCCGAAGCGUGUGAGGAGGAAGAGGAAGGACACACACACGAACGACACACUUCUUCUACCAGACGCAGACGUCGCCGCGCGAGGCAAUGGCCGGACUUGGAGGUGCUGGACGAAUGGAGUCGAGAGGAGAAGGAGGCGCGCACGCAUCAGGACUUUCUCCGCGCGAAGAGGAUCUCCGAGCCAGUCAUGGUGGGUGGUCGCCUGCGACCUGCCAAGACGGCCUGGCAUCGUGAGGAGGAUGACGCGCCAUUUCGAUUCACCUACUUCAACGAAACUCUUGACGGGACUAUUCAUGCUCGCACGAUCAGCGAUUUGCUUCAGGAUGGAAUGGAGUUUAAGGAGCUCUUCCUGCCGGAUCCAGUAGAGCUUAGCGAUGACAGCGAGGACGACGACCAGGGACGGUCGGAGAAUGCUCUUGCUCGACCUGCAAUGCAUCAGAGGGCGUCUUCUGACAGCAACGCGAAGCCCGCAGAUGUGAUGAGCACGAAUGGAGAUGGCCGAACUGCCUCCAUUGCCGCCACCGCUAGGUCCGGCAUCGAAUCCGCUCCAGUAUCCGGCAAUGCUACUCCCAAACAACCGGCGCAGCCAGCACCAGGGAAACAUCAAGGCCCGCGCCCCACGUUCUGGCUCGACGUCCUCAAACCCACCGAAACUGAGAUGAAAAUUCUCGCCAAAGCCUUCGGCAUUCAUCAGCUGACGAUCGAAGAUAUUCUCAUGGACGAACCUCGUGAGAAAGUGGAGCUCUUUCAGCACUACUACUUCGUCAACUAUCGCACUUUCGAACAGGACAAGGACAGCGAGGACUACAUGGAGCCCAUCAAUAUGUACGUCAUCGUCUUCCGCGACGGUGUCAUCUCCUUCCAUCAUAGCAUGAGCCCACAUCCAGCGAAUGUUCGCCGGCGAAUCCGUCAGCUGAAUGAUUACAUGUCGCCUACUGCCGACUGGAUCAGCUAUGCUAUCAUCGACGAUGUGACGGAUGUGUACGCCCCGCUUGUCAGCGAGAUCGAGCAGGAGGUCGAUGUCAUUGAUGAGGACAUCCUGUAUAUGCACACCACUGCAGCUGAUGCCGCGGACAACAACAACAGCGCUGUCAAGCAGAAACCGCAACCUCGUGACAAGACGAUCGGCGAGUCGGGAGGCGAUCUCCUGAGAAGAGUCGGCGAGAGCAGGAAGAAAGUCAUGGGUCUUUACCGCUUGCUGGGUAACAAAGCGGACGUCAUCAAGGGUUUCGCCAAACGCUGCAACGAGCACUGGGAAGUCGCUCCGAGGUCUGAGAUUGGGCUGUACUUGGGCGAUAUCCAGGAUCAUAUUGUGACGAUGACGGGCAACCUGUCACAUUACGAGUCCCUUCUCUCCCGAGCCCACGGCAAUUACGUCGCCCAGAUCAACAUCCGCAUGAACGAGCGCGCCGAACAAAACGCCGAUGUGCUCGGCAAGCUCACUGUCUUGGGAACCAUUGUGCUACCCAUGAACAUCAUCACGGGUAUGUGGGGUAUGAACGUGUGGGUCCCUGGACAGGAUAUCGAGGGCGACUUGACGUGGUUCUUUUGUAUUACCGCGGGUUUGGCGGCGUUUGGGCUGAUUUGCUAUUUCAUUGCUAAGAAGGUUUAUGGGAUUGUUUGA